CCGACUCCCGUGUGCUAUGUCUGUGGCGUGUUAUGUUUCCGGCUAGUGUAUACGGGCAGGAAGAGGCUUGAGACCCGGUAGACGUCGGUGAUAUCUUGUUGAUGGAGUUUGGAUGUAAACUCCGGCGAGGCUGUGGUAUUUUGACCACCGAGCGCAGACUUUUGGCUGUUGCCUGACAGUGAUGGCUGGAGGUUACUCCGCGUCGAACAGGUCGUCAUACAGGUCGUCUUUCGAUUCAGGUACUAUGGCUGCUGGAUUGAGAUUGGGUUUCUUUAUGUGGUUGCUGCUGUGUUGUUGUCAACUGAUCACAUCCAAAGAGGGGAAAUCCACAAAGAAAGGAAAGAAAGGCAAGCAAGUUGUCUGUCCAGCCCAGUUGUCCCCAGAAGAUUUGGCCCAGGUUCCAGCUAACUCCACCUCCAACAUCUUGAACCGUCUGAUGGUCAGUUAUGACCCGAGAAUAAGACCUAACUUCCAAGGUAUCCCGGUUGAGUCGAAGGUAAACAUCUUCAUUAAUAGCUUUGGGUCCAUCCAGGAGACCACUAUGGACUACAGAAUAAAUAUAUUUCUUCGUCAGAGAUGGAAUGAUCCGCGCCUUCGACUUCCAACUGACUUUAAGAGUGAAGCACUAACAGUUGAUCCCAAGAUGUUCCAGUGUUUGUGGAAACCAGACCUUUUCUUUGCCAACGAGAAAUCGGCUAACUUCCAUGAUGUUACACAGGACAAUAUUCUGCUGUUCAUCUUUAGGAAUGGCGAUGUCUUGAUCAGCAUGAGGCUGUCUGUGACGCUGUCUUGUCCCUUGGAUCUUAAACUCUUCCCAAUGGACACACAGCUGUGUAAGAUGCAGCUGGAGAGCUUUGGCUAUACCACCAGUGAUCUUGUGUUUAUGUGGCAGUCCGACCCAGUUCAGAUGGAUGAGAUUGCUCUUCCUCAGUUUGAUAUUAAACAAGAGGACAUAAAAUAUGGAAACUGCACAAAGUUCUACCAAGGAACAGGAUACUACACCUGUGUUGAAGUGAUUUUUACAUUGCGUCGGCAGGUUGGUUUCUAUUUGAUGGGAGUGUAUGCCCCAACUUUGUUGAUUGUUGUUUUGUCCUGGUUAUCAUUCUGGAUAAACCCUGAUGCUUCAGCUGCAAGGGUGCCACUGGGUAUAUUAUCAGUACUCUCUCUGUCCAGUGAGAGUAUGCUCUUGGCAUCUGAGCUACCAAAGGUUUCCUAUGUAAAGGCUAUUGAUAUUUGGCUCAUCACCUGUCUGCUUUUUGGGUUUUCGUCACUUGUGGAAUAUGCUGUGGUGCAGGUGAUGCUGAACAGCCCCAAACGAAUUGAGGAGGAGAAAACUAAAAUGGCCAGCAAGGAAAAAGCUUUGAGAGAGAAAGAAGGAAAAAUGGAGUCAAAUAAAACUAACACAGUGAAUGGGACAGGUGGAACACCCAUACAUGUCAACACAUUGCAGGUGGUUGAAACUCGCUGUAAGAAAGUUUGCACCUCUAAGUCUGACCUUCGAUCGAAUGACUUCAGCAUCGUGGGAUCUUUACCUCGAGACUUUGAACUUUCCAACUUUGACUGUUAUGGUAAAGCAGUCGAAGUGACAGGAGCCCUCAAGUCCCAAAACAAAAGUAACAAGAAACCCCCACCACCUAAACCUGUCAUACCUGCUGCCGCCAAACGCGUUGACCUCUAUGCAAGAGCCCUCUUCCCUUUCUCCUUCCUCUUCUUCAAUGUUGUCUACUGGUCGGUCUAUUUGUGAGAGGGGGAGAAGGGUGGUAAUAAAAUGGUUUGUAUCCUGAUACAUACUGAUCAUACUGAUAUUCAUAAUUCAUUGAACUGAAAAUAGACAUUGAAACUUCAAAUUCACAACUCUAUACUGAUAAAAUAAAGAUUUUCAGCAUUUCAUGAUCAUUAAGUAUCACAGACAGCUCUGGUUUCUAAGAAUAACUGUAAAAACAGACGACUGUGGCUGAGGGUUAGUAGAGCAGUCUGUGAUACUUAAUGAACCAGUAGGACGACAGCUCGAAUCCCACCCCAUGCCGAAGUGUCCUUGGGCAAGAUGCUGAACCCUGAAUGUCCCCUAAUAGAUGUUGAAUGCACUAAUUGGAAGUCGCUUUGGAUAAAAGCGUCAUGACAUGUAAUGUAAAGUGGCACAACUAUAAAGUCUUGGGGCUGUUGUCUUGAGUCCCCUUAAACCUAUGCAUUUAGUAAGCACUGCAUGUUUCAUCAUUUUGUGCUUUAUGUGAACUAAACCUUGAUGUGCUUCCACCAAUACCCCAAAGCUGUAUAUUAUGUAGAAAUAAAUGCUUUACAAAGAGGGUAACAUUACUGGUGACAACAAAAAUACUAACACAAUAAGCAAAUAGAAAGAAAAUAUAAACAUUUAUAAAAAUACUACUUACAAAAAUACCAUAAUGCUUCCACCAUGAUAAGACCUAAUAUGUGCUCUACGAGAUCCGUUUGAAGCAGAUAAUAUGAAGAUAUAACAAGAUAUUUCUCAUGUUCUCAUGUAAAGUUAGGUUUCAUCAUACGACAAGAUGAAGUGAUAUAGUAUGUUGUGAAAAUAAGAAGGUUAAGAUUUGUUGUGUAGUAAAAUAAUAUGAAAAUUAUAAUGUAGAUUGAAGCACCUAUAAAAAAUAUCUUGGUGGAACUUAUAUGAUGUUGCCAUGGCUUGAACGGUCCCUGCCAACAUACUAGAUGCAGAGAAAACCUUUUUUUAGGGAUUAUUAUUAAGUAACAUAACACAGGAUGAUGUUGGGAUAAAGUAGCUUGAAUCUGCACAUUGUAGUAUGUUUGAAGUAUACAUGCAUACAUUUCAUAUGUAAGUAUAUCAUCUUAAGAAUUACAAGGAUGCCUCCUUGAGCCCUAAGCCAAACCCAAUAGGGAGACAGUCUUUGAGAAUUUAAUUUGCAGUUUUGGAAGAAUUAUUUUCCAUACUUUAACAAUGUCCUCCUAAAUUAGAAUGAGGUUGAUCAACACUGAUCUAUUGAUGAGAGUAAUGUUGAUUGAUAUUGAUCAGAUCAAUGCGCCACUGUUUGGACUUGCAAGUAUUUCAAUAAAUAGGUAAGAAAUUUAAAAUGGACCUGGUGUGUUGGCUCAAUGAUGCCCUCAUUUACUUUAAGCACUUUUAAGUGUCAAAAUAGCUAAAGGGGUGGUUCCUAGAAAAUAUACGAGAUAGCCAUGGUCUUAUUGAAUUGAAUUGAAUUUUAUUUGUAUAACACCAAAUUAAAACAUUACAUUAUCUCAAGUGACAACAUUUCCCACAAACAGCAGGCUCUUGGUGACUGAAGAGAAAAAAAACUCCCUUUAACGGGGAAAAACCUCUGGCAACACUUAGUGUGGGCUGCCAUCUGCCUCAACUGGUUGUGGUGAGAGAAUAGAUAAGGGUAGGGGGACAGAGGGACCAGGAACCGUUGUGUAGCUCUCAUAUUUGAGCUCUGUCAGACUGGUUGUGAUGAUGCAAAUAAUACUAGUGUUGCUUUUACGUAUAAUGCUGUUAUUAAUAGCAGAACCAUCAGUUAUAGUAAUGUAAUACUAGUACUACUGCUACUACUCCUACUAAUAAUGAUAAUAACUAAAGCUGCAAGCAGUGAUGGUCGAUGGGAUUUGCAUUUGAUCGAAAGACAUUGACAUAAUAAUAGUUUGAAUGUAUAUAGCUCCUUUCAAGAGCUCAAAGAAUGCUGUACAUGAGUCAGUGGGGACAAAAAGAGAAAAAAAAAGAAAAGCCAGUUUUGAGUUAUAAGUCAUAGUGCCAUCUGCUGGCUACAGGUAAUAACAUGUUUAACACUUCGGUGUAUUCUUCAUAGCAAUUCAGAAAGCGGUCAGCAAAGCCUAAAGACUGAUGAUGCUUAAUUAUGAAGAUUGUGAGAUAACAUACACACUUUAUCCACACCAAACUUCUUGUGUAAUAGGUGUCCACCCUGAAAACGUCUACAUACCACCUUGUGGCAGCAUGAAACUUUAAAUAAAGACGGACAAUAUGAAAGCUCCCAAAAUUGAUGCCAAAUCAUCUGGAUCCCUGUUUCAUUGUGAAAGUUGGGAGAUAGCAUUGCCCUGGUGAUGUCAUGUCUAUGAAAAAGGAAAUUGUUGAGAAACUAUGGAUGAUCAAAAACUCACAAUACCUGGCCCCCAUGAAGAAGUGGUGUAAAAAAACAAUUAAUAUAGGUCUCAAUUUUUUUUUACCCCAAAUAUACAUUGUCCAAUCUGCCCCUAAUUUUUCGUGUCCCAACCUGAGAACAUUUAGAUAACAGUAUUCAGUCGUAGUCAUGGCACCUAACUCUGGCAACACGAUGUAAGCAUUGUGACAAUGAUGAUUCGAUUUACAUGUAAUUUACAUCAUCUGGGCUACAUGAAGUAAAGAAACAUAAACAGUGAUUCUUUCAUGCCAUCUUAACCAAAUGGAAAAGUCCACUGAGACGACCACCGCCAUUGGUGACCGCUGUCAUUUUGUCAUACUAAUCUCUGCCUGUUUGACCAAGGCCAAAGCUCAGAUUGUAAUGUCACUCACACACACACACACACACACACACACAAAACAACAAAUUAUAUAUAUUUUUUAUAUAUGUUGUUUUAUACAGCCACAGCAUGCCUGUUAUACUAUAAUAGCAAGUUGCUGUGCACAAGCUAAAAUUAAAGUUGUCUGAAUUUAGCCUGCAUGUAGCCUCGAUCUUCCUCUCCCCAGUGGUAACAGCAGGAAUUGAAUCACAACAACAGCAGACAGCAGCAACAAGAGGACAAGAGGAAGUUCUUUUGGUUGUAUUUCCAGUCCAAUAUUGAGUAUAUAUUGUGACUAUUGUUGUGAACUUGACUGUUGCUGCUCAAGAAAUAGAAUUUAGUUGUAUUUUAAAGUCAAUUAUAAUCCUGCUCUAAUUUAUUAUUUUAUAACAUGAUAAUUAAAAAUCUUGCAAGUGUCAAGAUGCAUUUAUAAUCAUUUAAUGCUUACAUUGCAACACUACUAAAUUCAUGGCAUCCCUUUUCAAAUACUAUAAAUUCUUUAGUUUUUUUCAUAUUGAAACCUCAAAAUGCAAGUAACAUAGGAAAUGAACAGAUUAAACAUAACUAUUACAACAUUUAAAUGAUAGUAAAUUUGAAAUAUAUUUUAUCAUAAUUGUAUUAAAUAAACUUUUUAAAUACAUUAAACUGUACAAAUACAUCUGAAGCCACUGAGUAGAAAAGCUCUUUUCCAGCAACUUGUAUGUUCUCAAAUGUCAGGGUGGCAACCAUGUAUAUAUGGGAGAAGAGGAACCGUAGGGACCAUUACAAUUUAUGUUAAAGGUUUAUAGAUCUUUCUCAAAUAUUGAUUUUAAAAAAACUACUUUCAGCUCAUGGCUAUACUGAUCCACUUUCCAUGCAAGGUGGUAUAGCCUAAACUGUGAUUGUUUUUAUUUUGGCAUAAACCUUUAAUAAAUUAUAAAUCUUUAUUCUAUUUGGAGAUGUUAGGUUGUGAAUUUGAUUGAUUAAAGGCGAUAAUGUAUAUAAUCAUCCAAGUAAAAGCCUCUUAAAGGUGAUUGAAAAUAAAUAAUGUGUCCCCUAUCCGGGGGACCAUAUAUUAAAUCGAUUUUUAAACAGGGGAGACUUAAUAGGGCAUGUGCCAUCCACAUCCACCUGGUAUGGCAGUACCUUCAGGAAUGUUGCACCAACACAGUAGAUGGCAGUAAUGCACCUUGACAUUGGUUGCCAUCUGCCAAUAAACCGUACAAAGAUGAAGAAGGAAGCAAGGCAGUGCAAUGGUAUAUUAACCCUCUAUCGAUAGACUGAAUUUUUCAAAUUUUUUUAUUACUAUUUUCAUACAAAUCUUUAUUGUUGUUAAAUCACAUCCAAUGUAUGUUAUUUCUGAUGUUUUCUUUUCUACUUGCAUGCAUUUAAUGUUUUUAAAUGUUGGUAACAUUUGCAUUUGUAUAUUUUAAUUUUUUUUUCUUGAAGUGAAGCUCUAUUAAGUGUAUCAAACCAAAAACAUGACUUUGUUGUUGUUCCAACAUUAUCUAUCUCAGUGUGUUUAAUCAAACGAUGUCCUUGUUGCCUGUUCAGCUGCUAGUACAAAACCUGCUGCUUUUUAUUGAUUUACUUCAAUAGCCUGUUGACUUAAACACUUUCUGUCAUAAAUAUGAUUUGAUCCAAAUAAACAUGCAAUUAUUCUUCA